GCACCUUCAGGCUGCCCCUUCCUGGCUGGGAAGGAGCUGCAGAAACGGCCGGAGGACUGGCCCCUUCAUGAGCUGGGACUGAGCUGAGGGGGUCCCGGGUGAGGGGGCGUCACCAUGGGCAGCCCCCAGAGCAGCGCCCUUCCCGAGGCCCUGAGUCUCCGGCCCUGGGCGCGCUAAGGUCACGAGUGGGAGCUGCGCGCGGGAGGCUGCCUGGACCGCACCUUGCACCAUGGCGCUGCUGAAAGUCAGCUUUGACCAGAAGAGGCGGGUCAAGCUGGCCCAGGGGCUCUGGCUCCUGAACUGGCUCGCGGUGCUGGCCGGCACCGUGGUCUUCGGCCUGGGGCUCUUCCUGAAGAUCGAGCUCCGGAAGAGGAGCGACGUGAUGGGCAACUCGGAGAGCCACCUGGUGCCCAACUCCUUGAUCGGGGUGGGGGUGCUGUCCUGUGUCGUCCACGCUCUGGCCGGCAAGGUCUGCUACGACGCCCUGGACCCGGCCAAGUACGCCAAGUGGAAGCCCUGGCUGAGGCCGUACCUGGCCGCCUGCGUCCUCCUCCAGGCAGCCCUCCUGCUGGCGGCGCUCUGCUGCCUCCUCCUGCGCGGCUCCCUGGAGAGCGCGCUGGCCCUGGGGCUCAGGCAGGGCCUGCGGUUCUACCGCGACACGGACACGCCGGGCCGCUGCUUCAUGAAGAAGACCAUCGACCUGCUGCAGACCGAGUUCAGAUGCUGCGGCAACAACGGCUUCCGGGACUGGUUUGAGAUUCAGUGGAUCAGCAACCGCUACCUGGACUUCUCCUCCAAAGAAGUCAAAGACCGCAUCAAGAGCAACGUGGAUGGGAGGUACCUGGUGGACGGUGUCCCCUUUAGCUGCUGCAACCCCAACUCGCCACGGCCCUGCAUCCAGUACCAGCUCACCAACAACUCGGCGCACUACAGCUAUGACCACCAGACGGAGGAGCUCAACCUGUGGGUGCAAGGCUGCAGGGCCGCCCUGCUGAGCUACUACAGCAGCCUCAUGAACUCCAUGGGCGCCGUCACGCUCCUCGUCUGGCUCUUUGACGUGACCACCACGACUGGGCUGCGCUACCUGCACACGGCACUGGAAAGUGUGUCCAAUCCCGAAGACCCCGAGUGCGAGAGCGAGGGCUGGCUGCUGGAAAAGAGCGUGCCGGAGACCUGGAAGGCCUUUCUGGAGCGCUUGAAAAAGCUGGGCAAGAGCAACCAGGUGGAAGCCGAGGGCGCAGACGCAGGCCAGGCCCCCGAGGCUGGCUGAUGGCCCCGGGUCCCCUCCCUCCUGAACACUGAGAAGUAAUGGACUCCAAGAAAUGCGGACACACACCCUUGUUCAAUCUGAAGCUCCCGAGGAGGACGGCCACCUCACAGACUCUCCCUGAUGGUGGGAUGGAAAGUUUAGGGUCCCUAAAAGCAUCUGUCAAACAUUUGUUGAAUGAAUGACUCAAAAUGUGAGUGAAUGAGCCCCUUCAGGCCCACUGCUCUAGCACAUGGUCUCACGGUGGCCUCAGGGGUCUCUGGGGAUGACCAGCCACAACCCGUCUCUCUCACGGCACCCAUCUCAGUUCCACCCUGAGACUACUGGCCACACCCGAGGGCUGCUUCCCUUUGCUGCGUUUGCCAUUAUAAGCUCCAAGAGGCUUCAUUCUACAUCCAAAUGUCACCAGGUGCAUAAGCACAGGAGUCUGAACAAAAGUACUGGCCAUGUUAUCCCUUUAAAAAAUGCCAAGAUUGACAGGUCAGCCAUUGUAUUUGCUUAAUGGCAGAAAGUGGGGGACAAUUAUACUCUUCUAAGGGUACCGGACUCUCCAAAGCAGGGAGGGCUCAAAAGAAGAAUUCUCCAAUGACGGGGCAAGAGCAUUUAGAGACAGAGGAUUGUUUCUCCCCACCAAGAACGCAGUUAAAGGCCUGCUCCGUCUCAGUCACGUGUCCUCACUUGGCCAGGAGUGAGCUACGGGUGGAGGAAGUCAAGCUGUUGUCAUGUCCCAGCAGCAUCCCACCCCGAAAGGUCUGGGGGGGCUCCUCUGGCUCUGGGGGGACGGCUGCCCUUCCGUGGAAGAGGAGCAACCAUCAGACGGGAGUCUACCCUUCGGAGACCAGGCCUCACCUCGUGGUGGGCCCAGGGAUGCCCGCACAGGUGGGCGUGUCAGCCCCCGUGGACAACACUAAUUGUCUACAGUGGAGGGCAGAGUCCUCUGGGAGCUUCUUCCUGUUUCUAUCCCCAGACAGCCAUCCUUCAAAGCAAUAUUCCUGGGAUGCCUCUGCAUUAAAGAGGAUUCUUCAAGACAGCCGUCUUCCUGAGCUAGCACUGCAACAGAGGUUUCCAGUUCCUUCAGGAGAGAGAGAGAAAGGAAGCUCGUUUAGUUGAAGGAGAGAAUGAUUUCACUGCCGUCCUGAGUUUCCGGUGUGGAGAAAGCAAGACUUUUGGUGCUGCCUGGGGUGUGUUUUGGGGCUCUAACUUCCCCAGGCUUAAGACCCAACAAAGAUGUUUGGACACUGUCAGAUGUUGGUCCCAGGUUUAAUCUGACUUCUGAUUCCUUGGGCCCCCCUUCCGGGGCCCUCUUUCCUCUCAGGAGUGCUGAGAACCACGGGGAAAGUGCUGCUCUAGGCCAGAUGUGUAACUAAGCUGUACAAUAGACAUUAAAAUUAUAUUGUAUGAAAACCA